AUGGCGAAACCCCUGAGAGAUGCGUCCGUUAUGAUUGUGGCAGGUUCCAUAGAGUACGAAAGGGUACAAGGACGUUUGUCUACCCUCGAACCUAUUUUGAACCAGGAGGGAGAGUUCCUUUCAAAGCAGGUGGAACGAAUACUGUCGCGGCGUCCUUCAAUAUUACUGGUAGAAGGCGGUGUGUCAAGACUGGCAGCAGAUUUGUUACGUGAUGCUGGUGUACGACUUGUAGUGAAUGUGAGCCAGCGUGUGCUGCAACGAGUGGCACGCUCAACAGGAGCGGACAUACUUCCCAGCUCUGACGCCCAGCUUAUUCAACAAAAUAUUGGAUUCUGUCCAUAUUUUGUUCAACAAACAGUCACUUUCAAAGAUGGGCGCAAUAAACACCUUCUGGUCCUUAACGAAUGCCCUCCUGAUCGAGGGUGUAGCGUGCUGCUGAAAGGUGCUGAUUUACGGGAACUGAAGGCUGUUAAGGCAACGCAUAUUGCUAUUUCUGAUUUCAACCCUCUAUUCAUCUCGACUAGAAAUCGCAUUUUUAAACAUGUUCAAUAUACGGAUGGUGUAUCAGACGUCCAACUGUGA